UUUGUCUCAACCUGAAAAUCAAUAAUUUUAACUAAAUAUGUCCAUACAGUGACUCUAUGAAAUCGAACUUAAUUAAAUGUAUGUCCAUCAGAAUUUAAUGCUAUUUAAAAAAAUUAAUAACUAUGGCUGAUCAAUCUUCUAUUUUGGCCAUUGUGAUUCUGGCUGUAGGAGUCACGGUUCAUUUUUCCCUUCAUAAAGUAGAAGAAGGACAUGUUGGUGUUUAUUAUCGGGGUGGAGCUUUAUUACCAGUUACAAGUCAAGCUGGUUUUCACAUGAUGAUACCACUUCUAACAUCAUACAAAGCCAUUCAGACAACUUUACAAACUGAUGAAGUUAAAAAUGUUCCUUGUGGCACAAGUGGUGGGGUGUUGAUUUAUUUUGAAAGGAUUGAGGUAGUCAAUAAGCUGGAGCCACAAAGCGUACUAGAUAUGGUGCGCAACUUCACAGCUGAAUAUGACAGGACUCUUAUUUUCAAUAAAGUGCACCAUGAACUGAAUCAAUUCUGUAGUGCCCAUACCUUGCACGAGGUAUACAUUGAUUUGUUUGAUCAAAUCGACGAGAAUUUACGGACAGCAUUGCAAAAGGAUCUUCAUGAAAUGGCUCCAGGUUUAAGGGUUCAAGCUGUUCGCGUCACAAAACCAAAAAUCCCAGAAUCAAUCAGGAAAAAUUACGAACUUAUGGAAGCUGAGAAAUCUAAACUACUUAUUGCAGCCCAACAUCAGAAAGUUGUUGAAAAAGAAGCAGAGACAGCAAGGCGCAAGGCUAUAAUUGAAGCAGAAAAAGAGGCCCAUGUAGCAAAAAUACAAUAUGAACAAAAAAUCAUGGAGAAGGAAUCUCUACAGAAAAUUGAACUCAUUGAAGACAGUAUUCACAAGGCCAAACAACAGACAAAGGCAGAAGCUGACUUUUACCACCUCAAAAAACAGGCUGAAGCCAAUAAACUUCUUCUGACUCGGGAAUAUUUGGAGUUGAAGAAAUAUGAAGCGCUCUCCAACAAUAAUAAGAUUUACUUUGGAAGUGAUAUACCCAACAUGUUCUUACAAGCAAAUGUUGGUGAAAGUGUUCCCAUUUUAAAAGGUGUAAAAGUUGAGUGAACUUCGCCUUAUUUGUCAAGAUAAAAAAUGUACUUGCAUUUUGUAUAUCUUGCACACAUACAAAAGCAGAUCUUUGUAUGGUAUAUUAAUCUUAAUUGCUGUUGUAUAAUAAAUAAUUGUAGUUUCAAGAAGCAGUCAUAUCAUAUAUCACUGUUUCUUGUUUGAAUUAAAGAAUAUUAAAAGAUGUAAACAACAUUUGUAUCAAGUGUUGAGACAUAAAAUUGAUAUUCAUUUUAAAAUUUUGACUGAUGUUUUCAUAGUUGGAUGUAAGUAAUUACUUUUUAUGUAAUAAAAUAACUGUCUGCUGUAAA